ACUGCAGACAUAGUACAGGAGAUGACCAGAGACUGCAGACAUAGUACAGGAGAUGACCAGAGACUGCAGACACAGUACAGGAGAUGACCAGAGACUGCGGACACAGUACAGGGGAUGACCAGAGACUGCGGACAUAGUACAGGAGAUGACCAGAGACUGCGGACACAGUACAGGAGAUGACCAGAGACUGCGGACAUAGUACAGGAGAUGACCAGAGACUGCAGACAUAGUACAGGAGAUGACCAGAGACUGCAGACACAGUACAGGGAUGACCAGAGACUGCGGACACAGUACAGGAGAUGACCAGAGACUGCGGACACAGUACAGGAGAUGGUCAGAGACUGCGGACACAGUACAGGAGAUGACCAGAGACUGCGGACACAGUACAGGAGAUGACCAGAGACUGCGGACACAGUACAGGAGAUGACCA